UUUCUUUUUCCUCUUUUUCUGGAAUAUGGGCUCGUCGUGGAUGUGGAUGUGGAUCUGUGCCGCCGCUGUGUAACUGGCCAUGACGACGGAUCCAGGCUCAGAAUCGGAGCAGUCGCACACAGAAUCCAAACGACCGCAGACCGACGACACGCAGCGACCGGCAUCAGGAGGCGGCCUGGACGCACAGCAGCAGGGUCAGUCAGAGGUCAGAUCGGCUCAUCAGCAGCAGCACGAGGACGACUACGUUUCCCAGAAGUCUUUGAGCAGCAGACUCUCCUGGUCAGCGCUAGGAAGGACUCACAGACUGAAGGUCAUGGAGUGUAAGGUCAGACUGCUGGAUGGCACUGACUACACCUGCACCGUGGAGAAAAGAGCGAAAGGUCAGGUGCUGUUCGAUAAGGUUUGCGAUCACCUGAAUCUUCUGGAGAAGGACUAUUUCGGCAUUACACACCGGGACGCUGAAAACCAGAAGAACUGGCUGGACGCUUCCAAAGAGAUGAAGAAGCAGAUCAUCACUGGUCCCUGGAACUUUGCCUUCAGCGUGAAGUUUUAUCCUCCCGAUCCGGCGCAGCUCUCCGAGGACAUCACCAGGUAUUACCUGUGUCUGCAGCUGAGGGACGACGUGGUUUCUGGGCGUUUGCCGUGUUCUUUCACCACUCACAGCGUGUUGGGCUCCUACACGGUUCAGUCGGAGCUGGGUGACUAUGACUCUGAGCUGCAGGGAUCCGCUCAUCUCAGCGACAUACGUUUGGCCCCGAACCAGACCAAAGAGCUGGAGGAGAAAGUCCUGGAGCUUCACCGCAGCUGCAAACAGAGCACAAUAGAGAGUGCUCUGAAGUGUUAA